GGUGCGCCCUCUGCCCAGUCCCUGCUCAGCACUGAGAGCCUCCCAGUGGCUCCCUCCUCCCCAACUCCAGCGGGCCUCCCAGACUUCUUGGGGAGACCAGAGAGGCUGGGAUUUCCCUAGGACCUGCCUGGCCCAGCACCCGCCCAGCACCUGGCAGGGGAGGGAGCUGGGGAGCUGACAGAAGAGAAAAUUCCCCUGGAACCGGUUUCUCUGCUUCCUGGCCCAGCUGGGGCACCCACCCCGGGGAGAGGCCAAGGCCAAAGACCCGGGCCACCAUGGCCUCAGCCCUAAGCCCACCCCGGGUCCCCAAACCCAAAGGCGCUCUACCUUCACACUACUACGAGAACUUUCUGGAGAAGAAGGGACCCUGUGACCGGAACAACAGAUCCCCAUAAGUUGGGCCAUGGAUGGGGAGGGCCUCCCAGAGAAGGCAACGUUCGUUCAAAGACCCAAAGCAGGAUUACAAGAAAUUCUGGGCAGGCCUCAAGGGUUGCACUCUCUAUUUCUAUAAUAGCAAUCGGGACUCCCAGCACGUGGAGAAGUUAGACCUAACGGCACUUGUGAAGCUCACAGAUGACCCACCCUGGGGAAGCUCCCAAGACCCAGGCAUCCAUUUCAGCCUGGUCCUCCGGAACCAGGAGAUCAAGUUCAAGGUAGAGAGCCUGGAGUCUCGGGAGAUGUGGAAAGGCUUCAUCCUGACGGUGGUAGAGCUCCGCAUCCCGUCCAACCUGACCCUGCUGCCCGGACACCUGUACAUGAUGGCCGAGGCCCUGGCCAAAGAGGAGGCGCGCCGCGCGCUCGAGGUGCCCUCCUGCUUCCUGAAGGUGAGCCGGCUGGAGGCGCAGCUGCUCCUGGAGCGCUACCCCGAGUGCGGAAACCUGCUGCUGCGGCCCAGCGGGGACGGAACGGGCGGCGUGUCGGUCACCACCCGCCAGACGCUCAAUGGGUCGUCUGUGGUCCGGCACUACAAGGUGAAGCACGAGGGCCCCACGUAUGUGAUCGACGUGGAGGAGCCGUUCUCGUGCGACUCACUCGACGCAGUGGUCAACUAUUUCGUGACACGCACCAAGAAAUCGCUGGUGCCCUUCCUGCCAGACGAGGACUAUGAGAAGGUGCUAGGCUACAUGGAGGCGGAUAACGAGAACGGCGAGAGUGUGUGGGUGGCACGCGAGGCCCCCGCGCCCCGAGGCCCAGGUCCCGCACCCCCCUCCGGUGGCCCCAGGCAGCUGCCUCCCGUGCCUGUCACACCCGUGUCGAGCCCGAACAAGCUCACCCCACUCCCGAACGAGGAUGAGAACUACGUGAUCCCCAUCGCACACACCCCAGCCGCCACCUACGUGAACGGGGACGUGCCUUCCCCUAGUUGGCCGGUCAUCCGGAAGCCCAAGAAGGUGGCAAAGGCUCAGGCAAAGCCUCCAAAGCUGCCAAAGCCACCCGUUGCGCCCAAGCCAGAGCCCCAAGGCCUCAACGGCGGCCUGGCCAAGAAACUGGCGGGCAACUCAGCGCAGGCUUUCUUCCCCACGACAGGCCUGGCGGAUUUGACCGCCGAGCUGGAAGAGAAACUGCGGAGGAGACGGGCGCUGGAGCACUCGGCCGGACACGCUGGGGACCUGUGAGCCAGAGAGACGGACCCCCCCCUCCCAGAAUAAAAGCUCAAGUGAC